GGUUAGAUUAACCUAAUUAUUCCUACACGUUGUUUACAUGCAUCGUGCAUAGUGCAUCGUGUUUAUUUUAAUCUAAACUUUUAAAUUCGAAUAGUUCAAUUUAUAAACAAAUAUGAGACGUUUAUCAGAAGAAAGAACAAAGCUUGUGUUUGAAAAAUUAAAAAAAUAUAUUGGAGAAAAUAUAAAAAAUUUAAUAGACCGACCAGACAGCUUAUAUUGUUUUCGUGAAAAAAAGGAUAGAGUGUAUUAUGUUUCAGAAAAGAUUUUAAAAUUAGCUAAUACAAUUAAUCCAGAUAAUUUAGUUAGUUUAGGUAUUUGUCUUGGAAAGUUCACCAAGUCAGGCAAAUUUCAAUUACAUAUAACCGCUUUACAUUAUCUUGCUCCAUACGCUCAACAUAAACUUUGGGUUAAAUCCUCUGCGGAACAACAAUUUUUAUAUGGACAUCAUGUUUUAAAAUCUGGCUUGGGACGUAUAACGGAAAAUACAGGACAAUAUCAAGGUGUAGUCGUUUAUUCUAUGAACGAUAUACCUCUGGGAUUUGGUGUGAUGGCGAAAAGUACAUUGGAUUGCAAAAAUGCAGAUCCUAUGGCAACUAUCUGCUUUCAUCAAGCAGAUAUUGGGGAAUAUCUUCGAUCCGAGGAUACAUUAUUAUAAUUCCGAGGUUUCUAAAUAUCAUUUCAUUGUAUAUAAAUUCUAGGAUGUUAUAUUUAUAUUUUAUAUAAAAAUGAAUAAGUAAAACAAUUGAAAGUAUAGUUAAAUCUGUCAAAAUUUUCUGUAAUUAUCAUUUUAUUCAGACAUUGUAUACCUAAUUAUUCAUUUAUAAGAUAGAAAUAACUACAUAUUCAUUCCAUUAUGCUUUAAUUUAUUAAACUGCAUUGUGUGUUACAUUCGUCAUGACUAGCAACAGUUGUAAGAGUACAAAAGAUGAACAAUUAUUCACAUUAGAAGUAUUUGUGAAUGACGUUACUCUUUA